AUGUCAUCAGAACCAACUACUGAUGAUUGGUUAGACAUAGCAGCUGAAUAUUUUGAGAAAGCCCAAUUUCCAAAUUGCGUUGGCGCCAUAGACGGCAAACAUAUACGUUUAGAAUGUCCUAAAAACACUGGAACAUUCUAUUAUAAUUAUAAACAAUAUUUUUCACUCAUCCUGAYGGCGAUUUGUGAUUCUAAUUACUGUUUUAUAAUUAUAGAUGUGGGUUCUUAUGGUAAAGAAAGUGACUGUAAUGUCUUUAAACAAUCAGUGUUUGGUAAAAAAUUAUACGAUUAUAGUUUAAAUUUGCCACCUAAAWUUUGUUUACCUGGUGAUGAUAACGGCGUUCCUCUUCCAUAUGUUUUCGUCGCCGAUGAAGCUUUCGCGUUACAUCCAAAUUUGUUACGACCUUUUCCGGGCAGGUCAUUAAACGACGACAGGAGGAUUUUUAAUUAUAGGUUAUCAAGAGCUCGACAACACAUAGAAUGUUCUUUCGGAAUAAUGACAAAAAAAUUGAGAGUUUUUCAAACAAGUAUACUGGUUGAACCCAAUUUCGCUGUCACUGUGACAAAUGCUACACAAUUUGGUUCGACGUAG